AUGUAUGCACCAAUUGAAAUUAACCAGGUCACUGACCCAGAUAGAGGUAACGAUAAUGGCAUGACGGCCCUACAUGUGGCAGUUUGCGGUCUGCACGUUGAUGUUGUCAAGUUCCUCCUUCAGUAUGGAUGCAACGUCAACGCUGUUAAUAAUGAUAACUGGACCCCACUACAUUACGCGGCUCUCAAUUCGAGGAAGGAUUUGGUGGAGAUGUUGGUUGAGCACGGAUCAUGCGUGUACGCUCUGACGUCGGACCACCAGACACCUCACGACAAAUGCCAGCCAAAUGAAGAAUGCGCCAAAGUGCUAAAAGAUUACGAACAUCAGUUGGGCCAUGUGAACAACGGUCUGGUCUACUGCAUGGUUGGCUAUCAAGCUGAACAAGACGAAGAACUGACCGUGCACGCUGGUGAGAUGCUGAGAAUUUUGAGAAGGGGAGAUGAGAUGGAGAAGGAAGGGUGGUGGUGGGCCAGAAGGGUGACUGAACACGGAUGGGGUGAUGAGGGUGGGGUCUCGGAGGAACACAGCCACAAAUCUACCACCACCGCGACGUCCAUCAUUGAUAUUGAUGAUGUUGCAGAUGUGGACCACGUUGAAGAUUUUGACGACUGCAGUGGUUCCGUUGCGACUGAACAAGCUGGCUCAGCAACCAUGGGGAGACACGUAGAAGGAAGUGUAGCGCGGAGUAUUAUUGCUGUGUAUAAAAUGGCGCCUAAAAAAUGGAUCUAGUGAGAAAUUUUAUCUCUUUUCGAGUAUUGUCCUGAAGAGAUGAAAGUUAACAAAGAUUGGAUUGAAGUUCUGAAAUGAAGAUACCAAUCAAGAUUAAUUAAUAAUGACCAUGAAACAAAUUCGCGAUGGUGCUGGUUGUCAUAAUUUUGUAAUCUACUGAAAUUUCAUUUUGAAGAUUGUUGGCCAUUAUUGUUAGCUUGGGAUAAGCUACAAUGUUGGGCAUGGAGAUGAUGAACGUUAGGUAUGUAGAUGUAGUCUGUCGUGUGUGACAGCGUUUACCUUUCUUUUUUGUUAUGAUAACAAUUAAUUUAUUGCUUGUGCAAUUGAUAUUGGACGUUUUUUGUUUCUUGCAGUAAUGCUUUUCAUUUGGUAAAAUAAAUUUAUUUAUACGUACAGUUUUUUGCUUAAGAAAAGAAUUUUUAAACCAAAAACGUAGUAUUUGAGUUAAGACCAUAUACACCUAUCCAUUUUAACGUUUAGAUUUUAUUGUGGUUUCUGUUUGAAAUGCUUUUACUUAAUUUUUUUCAUUUUUUGAGUAUCAUGUUGAACGAGUUGAUAAUAUUCAGAUAUCAUUUUGUUUUAUUUUUCCAUAAUUUUUAAAAUUUCAAUUUUAGACGUAGUAUUUUUCACAUUAAUUUAUCCGUGGCAGUUAUUGUAGCCAGUCAAGAUUUUUAUUGUUUUUCUAUGGUCCUUUACCUUUUUUUAAUACUUUUACGUAAAAGGCAUUUGAAAAAUUGUUUAGCCAGUCUAAUUUAUAGCGUAUUAUAAAUUUUCUGUCGUUGUUUGAUCAUAUUUUAUUUCAUCUGCAUUGGAGAGCAUUCCAAAUAUCUUAAUUUCAUUUUUAUUUUUUAAAGAAUUUUCAGAAAAUUAUGUUUCGCAAAAUGAAAGUUGUAAAUAUUUGUGAAUGUUAUGGAACUAUCUGUCUGUACAGGGUUUAUGAAAAUUUCAUAAAUCCCAAAUUAAUUGAAAAAGUCGUUCAAUUCCUUUUUUUGGUUUCUUCAGUAGUAUUCUUGUAUAUGUACAAAUAUUUAUUGUUUAUGGCUUAUAAUUUUUAUAUUUCAGUUUUUUCAGUUGAAUUUUAUUAACGACGUCACAUACAAUCGAAACUGUCCUUGUACGUACAUACGGUGUGAGUUGUUGUGACUGACAAUUUCUAAAGGCAAAAUGCACUGGACACUCUUUUACGAGACAUUUCUGACGAACAGGUGCUUCAUAUUCUAAUGUUCGUGUCUUUCUACAUUUUGGACGAUGACGAAUGUUAGGAAAUUUAAUAAUAUACUAAAGAAUCAUCAAAUUAUUUUAUUUAUACCUUGUUCAUUACGGUUACAGUCUUAAAUUUUUCAUGUCCUUUUUUUAAAUAAACUACUUGUUGUGAUUGUUUC